AUAUAUGAACUACGAUGUAACAGCAUAUGAAACUGAAACCCUAGUCGUAACCGUGUUCGUUCUUCACUCUCUCUAUAGCGGCUAAAGCUUUUGAGAUUACCAAACAAUAAUCACCAUUAGCCAUGGCUUCUUCAAGGACAGUGAAGGACGUUUCGCCUCACGAAUUCGUCAAGGCUUAUUCUGCUCACCUCAAACGAUCCGGCAAGAUGGAGCUACCUGAGUGGACUGAUAUUGUGAAAACUGCCAAAUUCAAAGAAUUGGCUCCCUAUGAUCCUGAUUGGUAUUACAUCAGAGCUGCUUCUAUGGCAAGGAAGAUCUACUUGAGAGGUGGUCUUGGGGUUGGUGCAUUCCAGAGGAUUUAUGGCGGGAGCCAGAGGAAUGGAAGUCGCCCUCCCCAUUUUUGCAAGAGCAGUGGUUCUAUUGCUCGUAACAUUCUUCAGCAGUUGCAGAACAUGAACCUCAUUGAGUUGGACACAAAGGGUGGCAGGAAAAUUACAUCUAGUGGCCGACGGGAUCUCGACCAAGUUGCUGGACGAAUUGUAAUUGCACCUUGAUAUGUGAACAAAAGCUCAAGGGAAACGGUGUUGCUCCGACAGAAGUUUUGAUGUAUGCCUAAAUUUCGGUUUUAGCUACUAUUCUCUUCUAAAUUUGACAUUUUUGAAUGUUGCAUUUUGUCAUUAGAUUAUAUUUUCCUACAGUUAAGUUGUAUUUUUUUCCUCACCUUGGACAUUAUUUAUAAUUUCUUGUUCUAUCAAAUUAAAGUGUGAAAGGGAAGCUUAAGAUUGAUA